AUGCCCCAAACCAAAUUGUCUCUUGAUGCUGAACAAGCGGCCUUCGACGAGGAUGUGGCGGCAAUCAAGGCGUGGUGGACGUCAAGCUCCAAGCAGCGCCAAAUGAAGCGGCCGUAUCCAGCGGAGCGCAUUGCCGCGCUUCGUAGCUCCAUCAAGCAGAAGUACCCCUCCAGCGACAUGGCGCUGAAGUUGUGGGAUCAGAUGAACGAGCAUCAGAAGAAUGGGACCUGCGAGCUAACAUUCGGCUGCACCGACCCGUUGCAGGCGGGUGUCAUGGCCAAGCACCAGCAGACAAUAUACGUUUCGGGCGCAUUGUGCGGAUACUCCCAAGUUAGCCAGCCGGGCAUGGACCAUGCAGACUACCCGUGGGACACGGUCCCUGCUGCGGUGAACAAGAUCUUCCGCUCCCAGCAAUGGCAGGACCAACGGCAGCGACAAUUCCGCUUCCUGUGUCCCAAGGCCGAACGGGAAGGUUUGGAGAACUUUGACUUCCUGACGCCCAUUGUGGCCGACGGUGAUAUGGGGUUUGGCGGUCUUACGCACACCAUGAAGAUGACAAGAGCUUUUGUCGAGGCUGGUGUUGCCAUGUUCCACCUCGACGAUCUAGCCAUCGGCGCCAAAAAGUUCACCACCGGCGAAGGCCGAACCGUCAUCCCUACAAGCGAGUAUCUGUCGCGUCUGACGGCUGCAAGGACGCAAAUCGACAUCAUGGGCGCUGAAACUAUCCUGAUGUGCCGCUGUGACACCGACAACGCAGGCUAUAUCACCUCAGUAAUCGACGCCCGCGACCACGCAUACGUCUUGGGCGCGACCAAGCCGGUCGAACCGCUUACCUCUGUCCUAUCUCACGCUCUUGCCAGCGGCGCCGACUACCUCCAAGGGCAAAAGGACUGGAUCGCCUCGGCAGAACUCAAGACUUUCGAUGACGCCGUCGCUACGCAUGCCGCAUCAUCCCCAGACAGUGUUGCCGCGUACAAAGCCGCCGUGCAGAAUCCUUGUUCAGCAGGAUCAGCAUCGGCACUCUCCCUCAAGGACCGCCGGGCCCUGGCCGCUCAGCAUCUCCCCAAAGACGUUUACUCGACACUCUUCUUCGACUGGGACCUCGCCCGCACACCCGAGGGGUCGUAUCGCUUCGCGCCGACCGUCGACGCCGUCAUCGGCCGCGCCCUGCUCGCCGCAAAUCUGGGAGAAGUCACCUGGGCGCGCAUGGACUACCCCAUUCCCUCCGACAUCGACGCGUUCCACAAUGCCGUUCGUGCCGUGCACCCGGAUCGCAAGUUCGGCUUCGGGUACACCGGCGGCUUCGACUGGUUGAAAGCAGGCUGGACGGCGGAAGAAGUCAAGGAGUUCCCCUGGACCAGUUCCAGGAGAUACGGCAUCGUGUGGCACGUGCAGCCCAUCUGGGCGCUUCAGGGCCAGCGGCGUGCCGUCGAGGACUUCUCAAAGCUUUGGCAAAAGGGCGGUCUUGCGGCAUAUCUGAACGUCGUCCAGGCCAGGGAGUUGGGCACUAGUUACCCUGGCUUGACGGCCAGGACGGACGCAAGAGGGGACUGCGAGGAUGGAGAACAGGACAAAGACAAGGACUCUGGGUAUGCCAGGUUCAAGUUCUCCGGCGCGUAUUUGGCGGAUGCGCUGUUGGAGACGGCGACCAUGGGCAUUGACGGCGUCCAGAAAGGUUUGUUGAUGGGCGAGGGCGUCGUCAAGGGUCCCAAGGUCAAUAGAUUUGGGUAGACUAGACAUCGAAUGCGCAUGCGAGAAUUCACCCCCAC